AUGUUAGUUUUACAACUUUUGAUAUUUUUGAUUUCUGUGCAUUUGUCGUUGAGCUGUAAUGGAAUUAAAAUCUUGGAAAGAUCUUUCAGAAGUUGUGGUGGGAAUGGAGAUCAAGUUAUAAAACAUUUAAAUGGAACUGUUGACUUGAAUGAAAAGUGUGAAGUAAAUUCUAAUACUUGUUCCGAAGUUAAACCUUACAAGACAGCAAAGUUAAAACUAACAACUUUUGAUGGAAAAAUGAAACUCAACCAAUUGGAAAUUGACUUGUGCGGCAAAAAAAUCAAUGAUCUCUAUAAAGUUCCUUUAUAUGUGUUUGCAAUCCCAAAUAAUUUAACUUCAAGAUUGCGAUACGAAAUCACUCAUGACACUGGAACUUCCUGUUUUGAAAUUGAAUCAAAAAUAAGUCGAAAACAUUAA